GUUAAUGUCAAUGUUAUCAUGUCAUUGUUUGUUAUCCGGUGUCCGGCUAUCAAAAUCACAAAGAAUUGUUUGAUAAAAAAACCAAAGAUUUUGUUUAUAGGUUCUACUAUAUAUAAUAAUUUAUCUAAGAUUCGACUCAUUACUCGUUUUUCCAAUAAUAAUAUGGUUCGUGAAGGAGUACUGUCACCGGCGGAAUCCGGAGAGUUUAUUGCCAAAAAUGCACAACAUGUUAAGAUUCACGAAUCGGGCCUUGAGAAACUUUGUGAAGAGAUGUUACCAUCAAUAACAAACAAGUUGGAGAUCCCAGACACAGGUGCAGACAUCAUCCAUCCUGACAAGGAUCAUGAGAAGGCUGCAGACUGGGUGUUUGUGGCCGAUGCCCUCAAUUUCUGCUUCUGGUCAUACUCCGGUGCUCAGAAGUGGACUGUAGAUGGACAUUCUGGGUACUAUGCUCUUGAAGCUGCACUUGCUAGAGCUAUAAAGAAUGGAAUCGACAUAACAAACCCCAAAUAUUACUCGAAGAUAACUGAAGAUGAACUGCGGUCUGUCAUGAAAGGUGACAAUGAAGCCACCAUACCAUUGUUUGAACAAAGAGUAUCAGUACUUCACGAAGUAGGGUCUAUCCUACUAGAGAAGUACAACGGUACCUUUGAGACAUGCCUGAAGGAAGCAAACAAAUCUGCUGGCAAGCUACUAGAGAUUAUUGUGAAUAAUUUCCCAUGUUUCCGAGAUGAAGCUACGUUCAAAGGACAGAAAGUGGCUUUAUACAAACGGGCUCAGAUCUUAGUAGCAGAUUUGUGGAACUUCUUCGGAGGUACAGGGUGGGGAGAGUUCAAAGACAUUGACAAGAUGACAAUGUUUGCGGAUUACAGAGUGCCGCAGGUGCUCGUGUAUUUUGGUGCACUCAGUUACAGUGAUGAACUGAUGGAGAAGUUGAAAAAAGAUAUUCUUCUUCCAAGCGGUUCAGAAGAAGAAGUAGAAAUCCGAGGUUGCUCCAUCCAUGCUGUGGAGCUUCUCAAGAAGAGAAUAGAAGAGAGGCUAGAAGGUCGCAGUGUUGAGGUGCCUAACUCCAGUCUGAUAGAUUAUUAUUUAUGGUGCUAUAGGAGGAAGUAUGCUGAUGCCAUGGAAACCAUACCCUUCCACAAGACCCUGGGCAUCUACUACUGA